AUUUCAUAAAUACUCGCGUCGUCUACUUGGGUGAACGCGGCGGUUCUCAGGGAGCUAGGGUUUCUUUUCUGACUGAGGAAUCUUAACACCAGUAUCGCUAAUAAGAAGUUCAUUUGCGAUACUGUUUUUUAGAACCCUAGAAAAGAUCGGAUUAUUCUGGUUGAGAUCAUUACAUAGUUCUUAUUAGAUAGGAAGGUUUAUAGGGAGAGAGGCAAAAGAGGAGUAGAAACUACUAUGGAUGUUGCUGAGGAGAAGACUUACGAAGAUGAGCGCAUCAUCGCCCUUAGCGGCGUAGAUGAAGUAGAAGAGGUUGAGGAAGAUAUUGAAGAAGAGCAAUUUUCAGAACGUCGGAACCAUAAUGUUGAAAGUGCUGGCGAUGAUAUAAAGCAGUCCAUCGGUCGUGAUUCUUCCCCAGGAAAAAUCUUCGUUGGUGGCGUUGCCUGGGAGACGACUGAAGAGACCUUCACCGAUUAUUUUAAGAAGUAUGGAGACAUUACUGAUUCUGUAAUAAUGAAGGAUAAAUAUACUAAAAGGCCUAGGGGUUUUGGAUUUAUAACAUUUGCUGACCCAGCAGUUGUGGACAAGGUUUUGGAGGAGGAACAUGUUAUCAAUGGCAGACCAGUGGAAGUAAAGAGGACAGUACCAAGGGAAGAUAUGCAUUUUAGUGGAGCACCAAAAACUAAAAAAAUUUUUGUGGGCGGAAUACCCCCUUCUUUUACUGAAGAUGAAUUGAUGGAGUAUUUCUCAUCCUAUGGUGACAUUGUUGAGCAUCAGAUAAUGUUGGACCACAACACUGGCCGAUCACGUGGAUUCGGAUUUGUUACUUUCCAGAGUGAAGACACAGUUGAUGAUAUCAUCUCCGAGGGGAAAACACAUGAACUUGGAGGUAAACAGGUUGAAGUCAAGAAGGCUGAACCGAAAAGAAGCACUGGUGAUCGAGGAUUUGGUGGAAGAGCUCAUUAUGGAAGCAGUGCUGCAGCAGAAUAUUAUGGGGGCUAUGGUAGUGGCGCUGUCGGGUAUGGAGGUGGUGGUGGUGGUGGUGGUGGUUAUAGAUCUCGAGGUGGGUAUGGUGGGUAUGGUGAAGGCUAUGGUGCAGGUGUUUAUGGUGGAUAUGCUUAUGGUUAUGGAAAUUAUGGGUUUGGUGGACCCAUGUAUGGUGGGGCCGGAGAUGGAGUUUAUGGUAGUCCAGGUGGCUAUGGUGGCUAUGGUGGCGCCGAUGGUUACGGCGGCAGAGCGUAUGGGAGCAGUGUUGUGGCCAAUGGCAGGUAUCAUCCAUAUGGAAGAUAAGGGAUUUCCAUGGGGUAAGCAGACAUGGGGAUCCAGUUACUGGGCCUCAUCCCGUAAUGGUUUUAUCAGAUGAAAUUAUAUAUAUACUUCUGUUAGCUCUUAAAGCCAUACAAUGGAAGGUCUCUAUCUUUUCCUUGGCUGUUAAUUCUGUAUGCUUAAAUCUUACUAUUGCUGAGAGUUAAUGACUAAUAUUAGCUAUGGUGCUAUACAAAUAGCCUUUUUCUUUUGGGAAAAAAAAAAGGUGAUGGGGGAAUUGUAUUUGUGACAUUGAGACAAUAGAGUUUACUUAAAUGUUACACACUUUGUUAUCUGUAGGGCGGAAUUUUUCA